AUGCAGAAACCAUGUCUUGUUAGCCAUGCAUUCCGGACGAUUCGACGACAAUUGACAGUCCUUAAUCAUGGCCGCAGCCGGUCCGUCCACUCGCGUGCUAAACCGUUCGACGCCGCCGUCAUAGGCGGCGGGAUCACAGGCCUCACCACCGCCUACAGGCUGGCGAAGGACCCGGAUUGCACCAAGGUCACGCUGUACGAGAAAUCUUCCCGGCUGGGCGGCUGGUUGCAGUCAGAGACGGUGGAUGUCGAUGGUGGGCAGGUCGUCUUUGAGUAUGGACCGCGGACGUUGAGGGUCGGGAUGCCAGCGUGCCUCCCCACGCUGGACUUGCUUCUGGACCUGUACUUGGAGGAUCAAAUCCUAGUCACGAGUCGGAAGUCUCCUGCCGCGACGAAUCGCUACAUCUACUAUCCGGAUCAUCUCGUGCGUGUGCCGUCUGCGAACCCCAAUCUGGGGGUCUUCGGGAAUUUUUGGAAUAACACGAAAGCCCUUAUCACCGAGCCAGUGUUCGAGGAGUUAAUGUGGGGUAUGCUCACCGAACAGGCGAGGCCAGCGGGAGAGGAUGCGUACCGGAAUCAGGACGAGUCAGUGGCAGACUUUGUCGCCAGGAGAACAAGUUCGAAAGUUGCUGAUAAUGUGGUCUCUGCCAUUUACCAUGGAAUCUUCGCGGGAGACAUCUAUAAACUCAGCGCGCAGACGCUGAUGGGUCCAUACCGAGACCUUGAAAAGAACGAGAAGCGCGUCAUGUCGUCAUUUUACGAGCUUCAGAGGGAUGGGAAGAGAUUUAUUGCUACAGACGACAUGCUUGCUAUGCAUGCCGUCGAACAUGAACGGCCCCAGGAUCAUUGGCGGUCUCUUAGUCGGCUUGUGCAAGGCUCAAGUGUCUUGACCUUGAAGAACGGACUGGGCGAGCUAGUCAAGGAAUUGACAGCUCGCCUCAAAGAGAUGCCUGAAAAGGUUGAAGUAUUGACUGACACAGGCAUUAGUGCCAUUAGCAGGAACGAAGAAACGUCUGAAUUGACGGUUCGAUUCGGAGAGGGCAACUCUAGAACUCACAAUCGCAUCGUUGCUACAGCGCCGGCGCCUGAAUUGGCCAAGAUCAUUCUAGCGGGUGCUGAAGGUGACCAGAAAGUACCUCACCGCACUGCGAGACUACUUCAGCAGCACGACUAUGCCGUGACCGUGAUGGUCGUGAACCUGUACUACGACAAGCCGGAUUUGAUUCCAUAUCACGGUUUCGGUUACCUCAUCCCUCGGUCGAUCCCGUUUGAUCAAAACCCCGAACGGGCACUCGGGGUCAUAUUUGGCACCGACACGAGCGCCGGCCAAGACACUGCGCCCGGCACCAAGUUCACCGUCAUAAUGGGGGGGCACUGGUGGGAUGGCUGGCUGGAGUCAGACUAUCCGGACGCGGACUCGGCGAUUUCAAUGGCACGGUCAUUACUCGAGCGCCAUCUCGGCAUCAAGGAAUCUCCCGCCGUGGCAAAGGCUCAGCUGCAACGCAACGCGAUCCCGCAGCACACCGUGGGCCAUCUCUCCCGCAUGGACGACCUGUCCCAAGCCGUGCGCGAGGAAUUCAACCAGCGCCUGACCCUAGCCGGGAACUGGUACAACAUCAACGGCAUCGGGGUCACGGACUGCAUCUCGCAGGCGUACCUCGCCGCGUCGUACGGCGUCGGCGCCCACCGGCCCGAUCUCUCGGGCAAGAUGACCAAGCCGCUGAGCCGGCUGAACUACCGCGACUGGGACCUAGAAGGGGGCAUCGCGACGGCGCCGGUGCGGUACUUUGUCGGAACGCCUGAAGAUGCGGCGCUGUAUUUGGACUGA